UGUAUAUUCAUCAGUUUUGCAGCUCAAGAUAGAAUAAUGAAGUCAGACGAGUACGUUAAAAUUUUAGUUUGGCCACCCUUUUUAGUUACUUACAUUCCCAUCGUUGUCUGUUGGGUGGUUAUGCGGUUUUACAGAAUUCCACUGGAUGGUAUCAGUCGCUGGGUUGCCACAAAUGUAUUUUCCGAUAUAUUCAAGGAGAAGAAGAAGAAGACUUGUUGUCCUCGAGAAGCGAGGUGGCUGUUAAAAGACAUUGAUCUGACAGCGGCGAAGAGUUUAUUAUUCAAGGUCCUAAUCAAAUUUUUUGUGCUGUUUUAUUUGAUGCUUGGCGCUGCGCUGGCAAUUUUUUGGCAGCUCCUCUUGCGGGAUGAAAGCUACGACUGCGAUGAAGAUGACCUCUCGAAAGACUGCUUCGAACGCAAAUGGAUUUCGGAGCCGCAAGACCCCUUAAACUGUAGCAGUGCUGCCGUUCAAAAUUUGAUUCAAAAUGGAACCAUACAGGUCAUCUGCUACAAAAUCGUCUUCAAUUUUGGAUUGGCCAGUGGUGUAAGUUACGGCUCAUUCAAUCUCUCUAUGUUCGUCAUUAAGGUAGGUGCAAGUGCACUCUUGAGGAUUGAGACAACAAAGAUGCUACGAUGGGCGCAAGCUUUGGUUGGAUUACUGGUUCUCAGUGUUGUCAUAUCGCUCAUAGUUGUUGACGCAGUCAUUCCUUCGGCAGCCAUCUUUUUUUCGAGUCACGCAAGUACUUUCGUUCAGAUAGUAACAACAGGAAUAAUUUCAGUAGUCUUCCUGUUCUGUAUUCCCUGGCGGGAGCUCAUUGACUUAAAAACCCAGAGAGAUAACCCGCAGCGUUCUCUCUUAGAAAACUGUGCUGUGGCAUCUGUAUAGACACCACUCAAGUAGAGACUUCAAACUCUAGAAAUGUUUCGAGUAAUUACCUAAACCAGUUGAUAAACAAUAUGCUUUAGUUACUGACUAUGACUUGUUUAUUUCCUACUAUGGGUGCGGACACUGAUAGAAAUAGCCAUAUGAUGACUGUUCUUGCGAUGGGUUUUUGUGGUGAGAGUUUUACUCUUGCCAGACAGCUGGUUUUUUCGAGAACGGCAAAAUUUAACUUAUAUCUGUUUACCAUUCAUGGGUCAACCACAAUGGCAGUCUAACUAGGGACUAGUCAAUAAACUAUUCAAGGAAGUUAUACAGAGCGAACAGAACAAGCUCUAUGGCCUUUCUUCUGCUCGUAACACACUAACCUUGAUCCUAAGAAACAUAUGGAAGUUUAGGCUCGUCUUCAAUGCCAGUCUAAAUAGGGAUUAGCUGACAAAUUAUUUAAGAAAGUUAUUAAGCUUAAAAAGAACAAGCUCCGUGACCUUUUUCUGCUCGUAACACAUGUACCUUGAUCCUAAGAAACUUACGGAAGUCUAGGCCCAUCUUCAAGACGAACAGAUUUCGUAACGGUCUUGCCGUGUUACUUUUAAUGCCCUUAAGGACUGAUCGAUUUUAUUUGACUUUUAUGUUUCUUCGACAUAUUUAAUUUACUAGCAUAACACAGUUAAAUAUAUGUUUAUACUAACUUGUUUUAAACUACUGGUAGUCCUUUAUAAUGACCUUUUUGUAAUAAUCGUAUAAAUCAUUUUCUGGUCGCAAAGCGGCUAUCAAUAAACUAUCUAUUUAUCUCUCUAUCGAGUCAUUGCAUCAUAAUUCCUAUGCGUUAUUCCCUGGAGAGAACUCAUGGCGUUAAACUCGGCAAGGGAACAUCUAAAUAUUACGCCAAUAAAUUACUCGCUGUGAAAAUCUGCUCCAAAAUCUGCAGACGCAUAUCUGAGGUUUAAAUCUAAGGGAAUGUGUAAAAUAGGCAAGUGAAAAAGUUGUUUAGACAGCACCUCCUAUAACUUCACGCAUUUAUUUAUCAUAGUUUAGUAUUAGAGCAUCGACAUUUCUGGCCAUGAGGUUUCUUGUUUUCCCACUCUAAGAACAUUGUCUCAUAACUAGAAAUAGUGCUGCGAGAAAAUUAAACGUUUAGGAAAUUAAGAAGACAGUCGUCCCGAAAUUGUUCAUCUCCUUG